UUAUCCCUUUUAAUUUGUGUAUAAUAAUAAUAAUAUAUGUGUUUGACAAAUUUUCAUUUGCUUUGACCGUUAAGUUUGCACUGUCCGUGUGUAUAAGUACAUACACGAAGAUACAGUGAUGCUACGAGAAUAUGGAAAUCCGAGUAGGUAUUGUCAUACGAUAAAACUCUGAUAAAAAUUACCCAGAAAAAUUAUUGCGGUAAAUUACGGUACAAGUAAUGUAGUAAUCAAUAUGCGAGACUUUGGCAUGCUCAGCAGUAAAACGGUCACGGAGGUCCUCAUGCUUGAAAUGAAAAUGUCUCCAGAGGCCAAAACGUUCCUCGUGAGCGGCUACCCGAGGAACAUGCGCGACGUCGUCGAGUACUCCGAUAAGAUCCAAAUAAUGAACGGUGUGAUACUGGUGGCUUGGACGAAAACCGUGCUCGAGAAGCAAAUCGAGUACGGAGCGAAACUCGGCCACGUGAUCAUGGACCUGGCGAAAAUGGAGUUUGACAAUUUUUACAAGCACGUCAUGCCGGUCGCCGAGUACUUUGACCAGAGCGACAUGCUCCAAACAAUAGACGGCGAGCGCGACCCACCCGAGGUGUACGUGGACUUUCGGGAAGCGGUGAUGCGAACACUCGGCCUCCCGGACGACGACACCCACCUCAGGCAGAGCCAAGUCUCGAGCUCGAUGGAGGCCGAGGUGGAAGUGGAGCGCGACCAAGAAGGGGUCCGGGAGGCCAGUCCAGCCGGCCAAGUACCAUCCCCAGCCCCGAGCGAGGAGUCACUAGUGCCACCUGCCUCGCCGACCGAGCCAACUAUCGGUGAGAACGAAAUACUACCGGUCAAGCCAGAACCGGCGCGUAAGAGGCUACCGCCCAUUGUGUGGGUCCUCGGCGGUCCCGGGAGCGACAAGUCCGUGGUAUGCGGCCAAGCGAUGCGAAAAAUGCCGAACUGGGUCCACCUGAGCAUGAGCGGCCUACUGGCGAGCCACGCCACCGGCAACCGGAUGAUCGGCGAGGCCCUCGCCACCGGUGAAUUGGUCCCCACGGAGGUGGUCGAGCUCCUCGUCGAGAAGCAGAUACUCCUCAACCGCAACUCCAGCGGCAUCGUCAUCGACGGCUUUCCCCGGGACCAAACCCAGGCCCGCGACUUUGAGAACAAGUUUGGUCAGCGCCCGGAGCUGUUGUUGCUGGACGUGGCGUUGCAGCAGAGCCGGGGCAAGUCGUACGACAACGCGGAGGCGUUCAAGCGUCGGCUGAAGUUGUUCCGGGAGUUGUCGAUGCCGUUGCUCAAGAGCCUGGACGCCCAGGGUAGGCUGACCAUCUUGGAGGAGAACACACCGGCGGACCGGCAGCAGUUCGCCUCGGCGUUGCUCGAGCUGAUGAGGCGCGCGGCGCGUCACGAGGACGACCCCAACAGGAUCAGCGUGGUCGCCGCCGACGAGGAGAUCGGGGACAAGGCUCGGCAACCCAACGGCGUUGUCAAGCCCAUUGGCAACGGGGUGGGGCACAGGAACAAUGCCAACGAUACCCCUGACACUCUUGUCCUCGGCAACGGCGCGGCAGGUGGCCGCAGCAAAGCCCCGAUGAUGGCCAACGGCGGCGUCGUGAGAACGACGCGCAAAACCAACUUGGCGACGAGCAACCGGUCGUUGGGGCAAAACGGCCAGUCGAAGAAACCAGGGACAAAGACGACAAUCGGUUACAACGACAACGGGGUCGUAACGAGCCAACCGGGGCGAAAGCAGUACAACCACACCAACGGGGUCCACCUGAUGCAGAACGGGGUGCCCGCGCGUAUGGCCAACGGGUUCCUGCCCAAGUCGAACAACCGCGUGGCCCCGGGCAUGGCCCAACAGCAGCACAACGGCUGGUUGCCGAACGAUCCGCUUCUACGCGUGUACCCCGACAGGUACGACUUCCCGCCCACGAAUUUGCACAUGUAGCUGCUGGCUUUCGCUCGUGGGACGGACUUUUGUUGUCGCUCGCCCGAUGAUCGCCUGAUGGAACGUGCCCCGCAACUGUUCGAGCUGUUUCGCCUACUUUUCAACCGAAUCAAUGUUUGCCCACUGCAAACGAUCAGUAUUAGAUGAUAAAUUAACAUUUUUCCCCCUUUUUUUUUUUGUUUUUUUUUUUCCUCUUGGAGGGAGAGUACAUUUUAUUGUACUUUACGCAAGACGAAAAGAAAUAACGGGACACUGGUGUCGAAAGAAGAGAUUUCGAGGUGGAAAACGAAACUUUUUUUUUUUUUUUUUUUUAACAAUCGUUACCCAACGGACUGUUUAUCGUUUCAAUUGGAACGAACGAAUGGGUUGAUUGUACAUCCAUAUACGUUCUGUAAACACGAGUUGCAACUCACAAGUGUAUGGUUAAAGUUAAGGAAGAAGUGAAUUGUACAUAUAUACAUAUAUUACUUUUGUUGAUACGUGGAAACGUUGCGUAUACAUUGUACAAGGCCUCGUAUAUUUCGUUUGGAUGCAUACCUUGUAUUAAUAUUCAGGUAUAGUAGUUCCAUUUUUUUUAACAAAUUAUCGAGUAUUGUCAAAACACACCUUCGUCGUUUUAUAUUUUCAAGUGAAUGUGUAACAUUUGCACUUACUUACUCAAUGAAUAA